GCAUGCGCCAUUGCACCUAUUAUAUUGUUCUGCAAGCAAUAAAUAAAAAGCCGCCCGAACGUGCUCUGGUCAAUGAUAAAUAUUUACACGCGGAAACAGAUUUGCUUGUAAGCAAGAGUUUUCAUACAUGGAGUUACACGACACUUAGCUCUUAUUCUCUCCAGGCUGCGGGGUCCGCUAUCAGGGGACUGGAGGCCGAAAACACGGCUGACCGACAGCACAUGCAGAGGUGUUUUUCUAUGUAAAAGCUAGCGAGCUAAGCAGGGAACCGGAGGAGCAAAACGCUGAAGAGUUUUCCAGCACCCUUCCUUUGGCAGAAAGGGCUACAGCUGCUCUCAUCCACACCGACCAGCCGUCAGGAUGGCCCACCUCCGCGACAUGCAGAAUCAGAAUUCCCGGCUUGACCCGGAGGAGUAUUUCACAAAGCAGGAGCGCAUUGGGAAAGGGUCUUUUGGUGAGGUCUACAAGGGCAUCAACAAUCGUACCAAAGAGGUGGUGGCCAUCAAGAUCAUUGACCUGGAGGAGGCAGAAGAUGAGAUCGAGGACAUUCAGCAGGAGAUCACGGUGCUCAGCCAGUGUGACAGCCCUUAUGUCACCAAAUACUAUGGCUCAUAUCUGAAGGGAACAAAGCUGUGGAUCAUCAUGGAGUAUUUAGGAGGUGGCUCUGCUUUAGAUCUUCUGAAACCAGGGCCACUAGAGGAGACAUACAUUGCCACAAUACUGAGGGAGAUUCUGAAGGGACUGGAAUACUUGCAUUCAGAGAGGAAGAUUCACCGCGAUAUCAAAGCUGCCAACGUGCUGUUGUCUGAGCAGGGGGAUGUGAAGCUGGCAGACUUUGGUGUGGCGGGACAGCUCACAGACACCCAGAUCAAGAGAAACACUUUUGUGGGAACUCCUUUCUGGAUGGCUCCAGAAGUCAUCAAACAGUCUGCUUAUGACUUUAAGGCAGACAUUUGGUCCUUGGGAAUCACAGCUAUUGAACUGGCAAAGGGGGAACCCCCAAACUCAGACCUCCACCCAAUGCGAGUACUGUUUCUCAUUCCCAAGAACACUCCCCCGACACUGGAAGGGUCCUACAGCAAACCCUUCAAAGAGUUUGUGGAGGCCUGUCUCAAUAAAGAUCCUCGCUUUCGGCCCACCGCCAAGGAGUUACUGAAGCACAAAUUUAUCACGCGCUACACCAAGAAAACUUCCUAUUUGACAGAGCUCAUUGACCGAUACCGUCGCUGGAAGUCUGAGGGCCACGGGGACGAGUCCAGCUCAGAUGAUUCUGACAUGGAUGGAGACAGUGAUGACAGAGACCAGUGUCCCGUAUGGACAUUCCCCACAGUCCGGCACAGCUCCAUGAAUAAGCUCCAGAAGGGCUACACAAACACAGAGGUAGCUGAGAUGGUAAAGAGACAGCCUAAGUCACAAUGUCUGUCAGCAUUGGUCUCUCCUAUCUUCAGAGAGAUGAAAGAGAAGAGGAGGGCAUGUGGAGGUGGAAUGGGUGCCAUAGAGGAGCUGGAAAACGCCUUUAACCUGGCAGAGGAGUCCUGCCCGGGCAUCUCUGACCUCCUGGUCACACAAAUGAUGGAGAGAGUUUGCAGGUUUGCUCUGAAUGGCAACACCACACCAUCAUCCCGGUGAAGCCCUGCCCCUGCUGCUGCUCUGCCCCUCCUGCCCUAAACCCUCAGCCCCCCCCCAGAGAUCUUUUAAUUAGUUAUGAUUCAAUAUUUUUUAUAGUUUUCUUUAUAGAAUGGAAAGUAUUUAAGAGGAAAAAAAAAAAGAGCCAUGUCACUGAGCGAACUGUGUUUACCUGUUAGAUCAAAAAGUCCUACUAUAAAAUGUAUGGAAACA